AUUUCCUCUUCAAACUUUGUUCUCCAAGUUAAUAGAAACCAAAAGCCCUAGCUCAAAAGUUACAGUUAAUUACACCGCCGUUUCGUUUUCAGCGCGAUCAAUCUCAGUUGCAGAGAAUUGAAGGUAUUGUAUUGUUGUUAAAGGGUUGAAUAUGGAAGAGGUAACUGAAGGAGUGAACAAUUUGAAGCUGGUUGAUUCUCAGAAGAAGAAUCGUAUUCAAGUAUCUAAUACUAAGAAACCUCUUUUCUUCUAUGUUAAUCUUUCCAAGAGGUAUAUGCAGCAGUAUAGUGAGGUGGAGCUUUCAGCUUUGGGAAUGGCAAUUUCAACAGUUGUAUCAAUUGCUGAAAUUCUAAAGAAUAAUGGGCUGGCCACCGAAAAAAAAAUCAUGACUUCUACAGUUGAUGUAAAGGAAGAUAUGAGGGGAAGACCUGUUCAGAAGGCCAAGAUUGAAAUCGUACUGGGUAAGACAGUCAACUUUGAUGAGUUGAUGCUCGCUGGGCAAAAUGAUGGGAAAAAUAUUCAGGAACAGAGUUGAAUAAAAAUAUUGUAGUUAAUUGUGUCGGAUUUUGUCAGUUUUGCUUGUGGUUUAGAAGCAAAUUUAAAUCGUGCAGCUAUUUUCUUCCC